GUGCAGGCAGAUUUCGAGUGCUUCCGCAUCCACGCCGAGGAGAGGGAGCGUGAGACAGAGGUGGAGCUGAGGAAAAGGUUUGAGGAACGGCUCCAGGCAGCAGAGGAAGAGCUCCAGGAGGCCAAGGCCCAGAUCUGUGCUGCCCAGGAGGAGAGUCUGAGGCUGAGCGAAGAGCUUCAGAAGGCAGAGGAGCAGAUCCAGGAGCUGGAUGCCAAAUGCGAGGAGCUGCACAAAUCCGUUGACGAGGAGAAGAAAACGAGAGAGGAGGAGAGACAAAGAGAGGAUGAAAAGAAAAAGAAAGAGGAGGUGGUGAAGCAAACAGAGGACCGCGAGGACUUGGAGAGGUUGAAGGCGCUCUUGGAGGAGGUGAAGAUGCUGAGGGAGGAGGGUGCUCGAGCUGAGGAGAGCAAGAGGCUUGCGGUGAAGGAGGAACAGGAGCAAUGGGAGCAAAAGAUGAACGAUCUCAACGAGGAGAAGGAGGACAUGAGGAAGAAGAUGGAGGCGGAGUGGAGGGAGGAACGGCGGAGGUGGGAGGAGAGAGAGGAGGAGGAGAAGAAAGGUAUGCACAGUGCUCUGAGAGAACGAGUGAAGAGGGCGGAGGCAGAGGUGGAGGGUCACCUGGAGAGGCUGGCCGAGAGCAAGAGGAGCACGGUGAAACUGCAAGAGCGGAUACAGGACCUCGAGGAGGAGCUAGAGCUGGAUCGAAGGCGCGUGUCCGAGGCAGAGGGCGUGGCUAAGCGGGCGGAGGAGGAGCUCGCGGUGGCCAAGGAGAGGCUGCUGCUGCAGGAGGACGAGCUGCAGAGCCGAGCAGAGGAGCUGCUGAACCGUGGACGCUGCCAGGUGUGUGUGUGCUCUGAGGUGGAGGAGCUGAGGAGCCAGGUGAACCGUCUGCAGAGCAGGAACAGAGAGCUGGAGCUGCAGAGCAGUGGCAGAAACAACGACCACGCCCGGCAGAUACGCCAGCACGCUGAGGCCCUGUCCAGUUUGCGUUCAGAAAUGGUGAGAGCCCAGACAGAGGAGCUGCGUCGCAUCCAAAAGCACGCAGACGACGAGAGGGACAAACUGCAGAAGGAGAUCGACAAAGAAAGAGAGAACCUGCAGAAGGAGAGGGGCCAUGAGAAGGACCAGCUGGAUAAGGAUAGAAACCGAAUGCGCAGGGAGAGGGAGGAGGAGAAGGAAUGGCUGAACAAACAAGUGGAAGAUGCCAAAGAGCGCCUGCGUCAGGAAAAGGAGGAAGAGGUUGACAGGCUGCGCAAAGAACUGGAGGUGGAGAGGGUCCGCGUUCGUUCCCAGCUCGACAAGAGCAUCGAGCAGGUCGAGGCGGAGAAGGCCAAUGUGCAGCAGAAGCUGGAGGACGAGAAGAGGAGGUUGGUGGAGAAGGCGGAGGAGGACAGGAGGAGGCUGAAGGAGCAGGUGCGGAAGGCGAUAGAGGAGGUGAUGAGGAGACACGCAGCUGAACUGCACAGUGUCCAGGAAGCUCUGAGCUCAGAGAAGAAGACGACUCAAGAGGUGUGUGCACGUUUGGAAGAGGAGAGGAGGCGCGCUGAGGAGCUACACAGCGGACUGGAGAAGGAACGAGAGGAGCUGAGGACAAAACUGAAAGAUUCUACAGAUGAGAUCUGUCGGCUGGAGGCAGUGAUCCAAAAGCAAGAAAAGAAGGAAAAUGUGGCGCCCGAAGCCGCACCCUCAUGUGGACCACAGUGCUCCUGUGAAGAGGAAGAGCUCCAACAGACUCGGAGUCGACUCUCCCGGGUUCAGGAGGAGGCUGAGAGGCAGCGGGACAGGCAGCAGAGGGAGAUCGCGUCUCUGAGAGCUGAUAAACAUCGGCUGGAGGAGAAAGUCCUAGAGCAGAGCCGACUGAACACGGAGAGGAGUCUCCUAGAUCAGGGCCAGCGGCACACCGAGGACCGGAUCAGGGCAGAGUGCGAGGACCGUCUCAGAGCGGAGUUCAGGAUAGAGAUGAACGCUGCUGUUGCUGAGAGCGAACAGAGAUGGCAGAACAGAGAGCAGGAGCUGCAGACCCAGGUAUCCGAGCUGCAGAGUCAGCUGACCGAGUUGGAGAAAAAGAAGGCGGGCCAGGGAGAUGAUUGCCACGGCAACCCCGAAAUUGACAGGCUGAGGAAGGAGGUCCAGGACACCAAGGAGAUAAACAAAAAACUGAGGGAGCUGCUGCAGGAUCCCCAAACCCAGUCUCUAACUGAGGAAAGACAGAGUCACGCCGUGGCUCUGCAGACGUUAGAGAGACAGGCGAAAGAAGAUCUGCUGUCUGAGAGGAACAGACUACAGACAAUGCACCACCUGGAGCUAG